AUGGGUCGUAUGCACAAUCCUGGAAAAGGUAUGUCGAAGUCGGCAUUGCCGUACCGACGAUCGGUUCCAUCGUGGCUGAAAUUGACCAGCGCCGAUGUUCAGGAUCAGAUUGUCAAGCUGGCUAAGAAGGGUCUCCGUCCUUCUCAGAUCGGUGUCAUUUUGAGGGACUCCCACGGAGUUGCUCAGGUGCGCCGAGUCACUGGAAACAAGAUUUUCCGUAUCCUCAAGGCCAAGGGCAUGGCUCCCGAAAUCCCUGAGGAUUUGUACCAUCUGAUCAAGAAAGCGGUGUCGAUCCGUAAGCAUCUCGAGCACUCCCGCAAGGACAUUGACAGCAAGUACAGAUUGAUUCUUGUUGAGUCUCGAAUCCAUCGUUUGGCUCGCUAUUACAAGACUAGCCGCCAACUCCCGGCUACCUGGAAGUAUGAGUCCGCCACCGCUGCGUCUCUCAUCUCAUAA